GCCUUAGGCCAAGCUUAAGCCUACUGUGAAGCUUGAAGGGCUGAAGGUUUCCCAAAAGGAAAUUAGGGUUUUCCACAUUAGCGAGAACUGAGAACUAGUGCUCGGUAAGCAAGAACCUAGUAAAAACAAAUAAACCCUAGAAGGCUAAAAUCUAAAACCUGAUAUGAAAGCGAGGAGCUCGAAGAAGAUCCGACCAUUCUCGUGGUGAACGACAUUGACUACAGGGACUGCAGUUCGUUAAAGCCAUUCAUAAAGUUCCUUGGCAAAAUACCUUUUUUAUCAAACCGUUCGAGACUCAAGAGUUGGGAGGGUAUCUUCUGAGUUCUUAGAUCGCCAAACAAAUCCCGGUAAUCUUUUCGCAGCCUAUCUAGAGGGACUAUAUAAUCUUUGUUUCUAUCCACACGCAGACCGCCUUUCCAUUGUUAACAUCGUCAAGCGUGUGCGUGUGCACAAGUUUGGGGAAAAUGGAGGUGAUGCCUUUUUCUUCAUUUUCUGUUACAAAAGUUCCCAUCUUUCGAUCAUCAGCUCUUUCCCCCUCUCUCAACUACCUUCCUCAAGAUGUUUGCGGGCAGAAAUUUAAACUUAAAUCAAGAAAAUUUUCAGUUUGUGCUGCUGCCAGCGGAGGAGAUUCUGUUGUUACUCUGUUGGAUUAUGGUGCUGGCAAUGUCCGAAGUGUAAGGAAUGCCAUUCGGUACCUUGGUUUCGACAUUAAAGAUGUUCAAUGCCCUGAAGAUAUUCUCAAUGCGAAUCGCCUUAUCUUUCCUGGGGUUGGGGCUUUCGCUGCAGCCAUGAAUGUGUUGAACCAGAAAGGGAUGGCUGAAGCACUAUGUACAUAUAUACAAAGUGAUCGGCCUUUUUUAGGUAUUUGUCUUGGACUUCAGCUCCUUUUUGAAUCUAGCGAGGAGAAUGGACCGGUCAAAGGACUGGGAUUGGUACCUGGUGUGGUUGGACGUUUCGAUUCAUCUAAUGGUUUCAGAGUUCCUCACAUUGGUUGGAAUGCCUUGAAAAUUGAAAGCAACUCAGGGAUUUUGGAUGAUAUUGGAGGACGCCAUGUUUAUUUUGUUCACUCGUACCGUGCAAUGCCCUCAAAUGAUAACAAAGAUUGGAUCUCAUCAACGUGCAACUAUGGUGAUAAUUUCAUUGCAUCCAUUAGAAGGGGAAAUGUGCAUGCUGUUCAGUUUCACCCAGAAAAGAGUGGAGUUGUUGGUCUUUCCAUAUUGAGGAGGUUCCUGCAAGCAAAACAUUAUGGGGUACAGAGGCCAAUUGAAAGGGAAGCUUCAAAACUUGCAAAGAGAGUAAUCGCUUGCCUUGAUGUAAGAGCAAAUGAUAGAGGAGACCUUGUUGUAACGAAAGGCGACCAGUAUGAUGUAAGAGAACAUACUAAGCAGAAUGAGGUCCGUAACCUUGGCAAGCCAGUGGAGCUUGCUGGACAGUAUUAUAAAGAUGGGGCUGAUGAGGUUAGCUUUCUGAACAUUACAGGAUUCCGUGACUUCCCUUUAGGUGAUUUACCAAUGCUGCAGGUACUACGUUAUACAUCAGAAAAUGUUUUUGUACCACUAACUGUUGGUGGUGGAAUACGGGAUUUCACGGAUGGAAAUGGGAGGCACUAUACUAGUUUAGAAGUUGCAUCAGAGUAUUUUAGGUCCGGUGCAGAUAAGGUUUCCAUUGGAAGUGAUGCGGUUUAUGCUGCAGAGGAAUAUCUGAGAACUGGAGUGAAGACUGGAAAGAGCAGCUUAGAGCAGAUUUCCAGAGUUUAUGGAAAUCAGGCAGUUGUUGUAAGUAUUGAUCCCCGUAAGGUGUAUGUCAAGAAUCUUGAUGACAUAGAGUUCAAGGCUGUAAGAGUUAAGGUUCCAGGUCCAAAUGGAGAAGAAUAUGCCUGGUACCAGUGCACGGUCAAUGGUGGACGAGAGGGUCGGCCAAUUGGAGCUUAUGAGCUUGCAAAAGCAGUUGAGGAAUUGGGAGCUGGGGAAAUAUUACUGAAUUGCAUCGAUUGUGAUGGUCAAGGGAAAGGAUUUGAUAUAGAUCUAAUAAAGCUGAUCUCAGAUGCUGUGUCCAUCCCUGUCAUAGCGAGUAGUGGUGCUGGUGCAGUUGAACACUUCUCAGAAGUUUUUCGAGAAACAAAUGCUUCUGCUGCACUUGCAGCUGGAAUUUUUCAUCGGAAGGAGGUACCCAUUAAAUCUGUGAAAGAGCACUUACUAAAGGAAGGUGUAGAAGUCCGAAUGUAAUCCAGGCCCUCUCUUUAAAAGUUUUUGAUACAUUGACUUUGCUUCUCCCUUCAUCUUGAUUAGAGCUUCUGUUAUCAGCAUAGAAAUUUCUGAAGUAUGGUGGAAUAGAAGGUCAGGAGAGUCAUUUCUACAGGAACCCAGGGAAGCAUAAAUGGUAGCCAUGAGGUGCAAGGCUGCACACAUCUGUCCCUCCCAGACGCCGCAUUGGCGGGAGCCUUGUUCAUUGGGCUGCCCCUACUAAGGGAACCAUGUAGCCCAUAUGAAUAUUAAAGGUACCUUUUGCUGUAAUUAUUCUUUGCUAACUCCUGGAGUUGAGAUUACUUUGUAUGGACUAGAGAAGUCAUAUAGAAACAUCCAUUUUACACAACUUUAGUCCAAAGCAGUUAAUUUCUAAAAAAAAGUAAAUUACUGAGUUUGUACAGAA